UCUCCUUUCGGAAAACGACAAAUUUGAAAUGCCUGAGCCAGCCAAGUCCGCCCCGGCCCCGAAGAAGGGCUCGAAGAAGGCGGUGACCAAGGCGCAGAAGAAGGACGGCAAGAAGCGCAAGCGCAGCCGCAAGGAGAGCUACUCGGUGUACGUGUACAAGGUGCUGAAGCAGGUGCACCCCGACACCGGCAUCUCGUCCAAGGCCAUGGGCAUCAUGAACUCGUUCGUCAACGACAUCUUCGAGCGCAUCGCGGGCGAGGCGUCGCGCCUGGCGCAUUACAACAAGCGCUCGACCAUCACGUCCCGGGAGAUCCAGACGGCCGUGCGCCUGCUGCUGCCCGGGGAGCUGGCCAAGCACGCCGUGUCCGAGGGCACCAAGGCCGUCACCAAGUACACCAGCUCCAAGUGAGUGCUGGGAGGCACGAUCCAACCCAAAGGCUCUUUUCAGAGCCACA